AUGGGUUUAUUUGGCGCAUUAGCAGGAGUUGCAUCCAGAUUUUUGCCCGCAGUGGGAACAAUAGCCAGAGGUGCAUUUGGAAUUGGAAAGAAGAUUUUGAGUACAUUAGGUAUACUUAAAGAGAAAGCACAACCUAUUAUACAAACUGUACAGAAAGGUUGGGAUGUAGCACGAGAUGCAACAAAUCUUAUUCCAAAUCCUGAAACAAGAGGAAAAGUUCAAGGAUGGAUGGACAAUGUAGGAAGACAAGCAGGAAACUAUUAUAACAAAGCAAAUGACUACUAUAACCAAGCAGGACACUAUAUGGACCAAGGUGAAAGAUUCUUUAACAGAGGAUAUAACCAUGCACAACAGUGGGUAAACAAUAACCAACCUCAAUAUUCUAAACUUUACAACAAACACAAAAAGUUGAAAGGAAAACAAAAACAAAUGGCAUAUGAUAUUUAUGAAGAUGUUGACGACACAACUGUUCCUGCAAGUGAAGUAAAGUCAGAGGAACCGAAAAGUGACGAAAAACCGAUAGAAGAAGAAAAACCAAAAACUGAAGAUAAACCAAAACCAAAGUUUAGUUUCCAAACUAAACCAAGUCAACCUUCAUUAGCUGGUAUGGGUUGGCGUCAAAGACUUAUGGCAGCAGGCGGUUAUGUAAAGUAA